AUGAGUCCAGACUUUAUCAACAGGGUCGGGUAUGCCAGUUCGAUGGGUGCGUGGGCUCGCAAAUCGGCCGCCUCCCAACUUGUAGGCACCGUUCGCGGCCUCGCGGAGGACGAGGAUGAGUCGGAUUACCGCAAAAUCAAUAUCUUCGACGGGCCAGAGCUACUACAGGAUAUAUACAGCUACGGAAGAGUGGACUUCGAGCGCGUUCAGAGUGUUUUCAAAAACAUUUCGGACUCCCUCACAAUAUAUCUCCGCACCCACGGGAACGCGAGCCACUCGGAGCCGGCGAGAGGUCAGGUCCAACACUACGCCACCUGUCUGGGUAUCCAGUGGGCCUGGAUCACAUUGCCUGCGGUCUUAGCGGUGCUGACCAUUCUGUUCUUGGUCCUAGUGGUGGAGAGUACCCGGAGGCUUGAGACGCCGGUCUGGAAGGCCUCUCCGCUGCCGUGGAUCCUAGGUGGUGACUCGGAGGUUGGGAGUGACAAUUCCGGUGUUACCGUGGCGAGAAUGGAGGACCAAUCCAGACAGAUUCUGGCUACUCUGUCUGAGGGAACCACACCAAGGCUUCAGAUGGUACAUAUGCGGGAUCAUAAUCUUCAGGUAGUCGAGAAGUGA